AUGGACACGCUUUCCGAAGUCGGUGUACCUGCUCUGGCCGCGGCCUCUGCUCUGUCAGUGGCCGCCGGUGCGUAUCUGAAUGCGAAGCUCGCUAUUUCCACUGACCUGCGCGCAAUGGCCAAUGAUAAGGCCUUCGCAAAGAGGCUAGGCGAGCGCAUCGCCAAGCUCGAUGGCUCAACGACCAUCUAUAAAAUGCUUGAGAGAGCAGUGGAGGUCGAAGGACGAGGUGGCCAUGAUGCGCUUUGGUUUGAGCAAAGGACGUGGUCAUACGGUGAAUUGAAAGACCGUUGGUGCUUCCUGUCUCUUGAUAAAACUUUGCAGCUGACUGCUAAUGCAAUAUCUGCAGUGGCCGACAGGAUGGCCGCUCUUCUCAAAGAUCGUGACAUCCACCCCGGUGAUACGGUGGGUGUGUUCACAACCAACUCACCGGAGAUGGUAGUCACUGUAUAUGCGCUGUCAAAAUUGGGCGCUGUGGCCGCAUUGAUCAACACGAACCUGCGAGCGUCGCUGAUACUAGCCAAAGACGAUACCUUCAUUCAUUGUCUGAACGUAUCCAGCUCCAAGCAGAUUGUCUCAACCGCCGAUCUGGCGCAACACGUCUGCGUCGACUUACCACACCUUACGGUCAACAUGACAUCGUUCGGAAGUGUUGACACAGGCUCAGUCGAGCUCAUUACCUCGGAAACCCUACAGCAAUUCUCCCCGUCGGGACUCGCAGCUGCCACACGCAACCCAAAGGACCUUGCUCUCCUAAUCUUUACAUCGGGAACAACAGGAAAACCCAAAGCCUGUGCGAUUCGCAACAUGCUCACCCUGAUUACCUCCACUCCCCUCUCGUCAGACGCCAACAACCCAUCAAAGUACUACCCAAUGCGCAUAUACUCCCCCCUCCCCCUGUUCCAUGGUACAGCGUUCUUUACCGGCUUGUGUGCCGCCGUCGGUAACGGAGGAACAUUAUGUCUAGGGCGAAAAUUCUCCGCUUCGCAGUUCUGGAAAGAGGUUCACGACUCUGGCGCCACUCGCAUCCUGUAUAUCGGCGAGUUGUGCCGAUAUCUGCUCUCGACGCCGCCCUCGCCGUACGACCAGGACCAUAAAUGCAUCGUGGCAUCAGGUAAUGGGUUGCGCGGUGAGAUCUGGGAAAAGUUCCGCCAACGUUUCAACGUACCUGAGAUCCGAGAGUUCUACCGCUCCACAGAGGGCGUUGCCAAGUUUGAUAAUCACGGUGUCGGUGCUUGGGGUGCUGGCAAGGUCGGCUUUUCUGGGCCCAUUCGCCGCUUUUUGGAAGACGAUACUUUCAUCGUCAAGUAUGACACUAAUACUGAGAUGCCGUACCGUGACCCCGUCACUGGGUUCUGUGUCAGGGCCGGGCUUGGAGAGGAGGGCGAAGCAAUAGGCCGCGUCCGAGACCGUGGUUUGCUGAUUGAGUACCUGGGUAAUGCGGGUGCCACAGAAGAGAAGCUUCUGCGUGAUGUUUUCCAAAAAGGUGACUUGUUCCAACGGACUGGUGACCUGGUCGUUCAAGAUGCAUCCGGGUGGGUGAGGUUCCAGGAUCGAGUGGGUGACACCUUCCGCUGGAAGGGCGAGAAUGUUAGUGCUGGGGAGGUUCGGGACCAUCUUUGCCGGAUAGAUGGUGUGCAUGAUGCUGUUGUAUAUGGCGUGAAGUUGAACGGAUAUGAUGGCCAGGCUGGCGCCGCUGGAAUUACGCUCGAAUCACCAGCACUUGAGACGGAGGUGAUGUCUGCCUUGUACAAGCAGCUUAAAACGAAGGGCGUUCCCUCGUAUGCUCUGCCUCGACUAGUCCGAAUCACCGAGAAGGUUGCCACAGGUGUGACUUUCAAACAGGCCAAGGGUGCCCUAGCAGUGAAGGGCUGGGAUCCCCGUAGCCAGCAUGACGGGGACAUACUAUACUGGUUGGACCAGUCCCAGUAUCGGCGAUUGGGAGAGCAAGAUUGGAAGGAGAUUGAGAGUGGUAAAGCCAGGAUCUAA